CAAGUUUUGAAAAUUUCACUAUUUUUAACAAACACUUGGUUGGUGUAAAAAACAAGAAGAUUAAGUUGCUACUAAACAAACCAAUCUACACGGGAAUGACUGUUUUAGACCUGUCCAAACUAUUCAUGUAUCAAUUUCAUUGUGGAUAUGUCAAGAAACAGUAUGGUGACAGGGCAACGUUGCUAAUGACAGACACCGACUCCUUAUUUUACAAGUUUCAAACGGAAGAUUUGUAUCAAGACAUGGCUCGAAAUAAAGAGUUAUUUGAUACAUCCAACUACCCAAAGAACCAUUUCCUUUAUAGCGAGACAAACAAGAAAGAAGUUAGGAAGUUGAAAGACGAAACCGGAGGGUAUCCCGUAAAAGAAUUUGUGGGACUGAGAGCUAAAAUGUAUUCAUUUUUAAUUCACGACGAGAAGGAAACGCAGAUAAAAAAGGCAAAGGGAAUUGCCAAAUCUAUUGUCGCCAAGGAAUUAAACCAUCUCCAUUACAAGAAUUGUCUUUUUGAACAACAACGAUGCAGACAUAUGAUGCAGAACAUUCGUAGUGACAAUCAUAUCUUGUAUCUAAAAUCCAUCAAUAAAAUAUCAUUGUCACCUUUCGAUGAUAAACGAUGGUGGUUAGCUCCAUUUGGAGUCGACAGCUUCUCCUAUGGACAUUAUAAAAUUGACAAAUGA